UUAAUGUAGGUUUUAUUUUGAAAUGACGUCCGGAUGUCCCCCUGAGAGGCUGCCCAGGGAGUGAAACGGACGACCCCCAGUCACGGAGAGCUGGUAGCUGGUGUGUAAAGCUGCAGAGAUGCGCUACGGAGCAGCAACCACACGGCAGUGGUACGGCAGCUCUCCCGAGGGAAAGUAGCCAUUAAACGGAUACAAUCCGUGUGAGAUGCAACCGGGCCGUUUCCGCUGCGCAUUUCGGAGCUAAAAGCCGCGCCGCCAGGAGGGCUCGGGUCGCGGCGGCGCAUCGAUCCAGGACGGAUACGGGAGGGGUCGCAUCAUGGGGAACGAGGCGAGUCUAGAAGGAGGAGCGGAAGGCCCGCUGCAGGGGCUACCCGAGGGGCUGGCACCCGACGGGGCCGGCGGCUUCGUGCGGGUCCCCGGCGGGGCUCCGGUGGACCUGGCGGAGCUGAGCGAAGAGCAGCGGAAGCAGCUCGCCGCGACGAUGUCAAGGGCGCACGGCAGGCAGCCCGGGGGUGCCGCGGCUGCACGAAGACCGUCAGAAUCUGGUGUCCAGCAGCGUUCUCAGCAGCCAGGGGCCUCCAGAGGCCCGGCAGGCCUCAGUAAGAGUCGCACGGUAGACACCUUCAAUCAGAGUCCGCCCGGCAGGCUCGCCGCAGGUCGCAGUCCCUCGUCCCUCAACCUUUUCGAAUCCCGAUUCCAGCAGGAGCCCAAAGACUCAGACAGCAAGCCGUUCGGCAUGUUUGGCUCCAGCUUCCUAAGCGGGGCAAACCCCCUCAGUGCCAUGUCGUCCAUGACCUCCUCCGUGUCCUCCUCCAUAUCCUCCAUGGGGGACUCAGUGAACAUCCCCAAGUUUGGGCUGUUUGGGGAUGAGGAUGAGGAUGAGGGCGCUACGCCUGAGUCCAAUCAGGGAGGAAAGCCACCUAGGAAGGGCCCUCAACAAGGAUCAGGUCCAAAGGCACCACAACAAGGAGGGCCCCAAAAACAGGGACAAGGCCCUACUGGACAGGGACCCAAACCUGGGCAAGGACAAGUAAGCCCAGGACCUAAAUCAGCUCCGGGACCUCCUGGACAAGCUCCCAGGCAAGGCCAGCGGCAGCCAGGACAAGGGCCUCCUGGGCAGCAAGCACCUAGACCAGGUCAAGGACCAUCGGGGCAACAGGGACCCAAACAGUGUCAAGGCCCACCAGGGCAGCAGGGACCCAGACAAGGUCAAGGACCACUGGGGCAGCAGGGACCCAGACAAGGUCAAGGACCACCAGGGCAACAGGGACCCAGACAAAGUCAAGGACCACCGGGGCAGCAGGGAUCCAGUCAAGGUCAAGACCCACUUGGACAGCAGGCACCAAGGCAAGGGCAAGUACCACCUGGUCAAGGUGCUAAACAGACACAAAGUGGUCCUGCGCAGCAAAAAGAACCUGACAAGCCUGGACUAAAACAGCAAGGACAGCCAGUGCCUGGGGCUCAUCCCGGGGAUGUCGCCAAGCCAACAGGGGGGUUCUGUCCGCUGUGUAAGACCACCCGGUUGAAUACUGGAUCGAAGGACCCGCCAAAUUACAGUCAAUGCACUGAGUGUAAGAACCAGGUCUGCAGCCUCUGUGGAUUCAGCCCCCCAGACUCAGCAGGUAAAGAAUGGCUGUGUCUGAACUGCCAGAUGCAGCGAGCGAUGGGGGGCACGGACCCCCCGGGCAUGACAAAUCCCAAACAAGGCUCGGCCCCGCCCUCGCCACAGAGACGGGCUUCGGGAAAGCCCGGCAAAUUGCUCAUCAAGCAGCAAAGCACCGCUGAGCAAGGCUUGACGCCCCCGAGCACACCGAGGCAGAAAUCCCCGGGUGCUAGCUCACCAGGACCGCUUUCCCCGGGCUCCUCUAUGGGAGGCUCUCCCAAGAUAGAUCCCAAGACCGGUCGGCCUAUUCAGCAGAAGGCCAGCCCCCAGCAGUCGCCGGGUAAGGCCAAGCAGGAGUCCAGCUUCUUUGGGGGGUUGGGAGGUAUCAGUUUUGGAGGCUUGACUGAUUCAGCCAAGCCGGCCGCCGGUUCCUCACAAGCUGCCAAGUCCGUCACUGGGAAACUGUUUGGGGGUUUCGGUGGAUUGAUGGACUCGUCCAAGCCUCAAGCACAUGCGGCUCCGAAGCAAGAGGAGUCCGUCGCCGGGAAGCUGUUUGGAGGAUUGGGCGGAUUAUCAGAAGCGACAAAACCUCCCGCCACCGCCUCUCAGAUGUUCAGCUUCGGCUCGUCCCUUUUGAACUCGGCCACCGGUCUCGUCACCGGUGAGGAAGAGAAACCGGCCGAUUCUCCGCCGGGGUCGCCGCCGGACUCCCCGGCCGACUCCGGACCCGGUUCCGGCCCCGGCUCCCCGCCUGACUCGCCCUUCUCCGGUCCGGGCUCUCCCCCCUAUUCGGAUUCUGCCCCUGACACCCCACCGGCAAAAUCCAGGAAACCCUCCAGGAUCAAGUCUGUUGAGCGAGAACCUAGCUCGGACUUAGCAUCCAAAACGAAGGAAAGAUGUCCUCUCUGCAACGCAGAGCUGAAUGUGGGGACACCAGAAGCCCCUAACUACAGCCUCUGCACCCAGUGUAAGAAGAGUGUGUGCAACUUGUGCGGAUUCAACCCCACUCCCCACUUAGGAGAGAAAGAAUGGCUUUGCCUCAACUGCCAGACGAAAAGAGCCAGUCAGCUAGACGACAUGGCUUCCCCGAAGAAGCCAGCACCGUCUCCCGCUCCCUCCUUCACCCCCGCCCCUGCUGCUGUAGAUAGCAAACCCGUUCUAUUAGAAGCAGCAGCAGCAGACCAAACCCCACCCGCCCCUCAGACCAAGGUAGCAACAACACCUACAGCAGCGUCACACGACCACGAUGAACCACAUCCCGCUGGUGCUUCAGACCAAUUCCUAAUAGCCGAGCUAGUGUCUGAGCCUGUUGUUCAUUCUCAAGACAACUCUGAGAGUGCAGCUGCCAAUGUAGCUGAAAUCCAAGAGCAGCAGCAAGACAGUCCUGCCGAAACAGCGCAGGAAAUCACAGCAAUUGAGCAGCUGCAGCAGAGCAGCUCAAAUGGUACAAACCCAGUGACAGUGCCGCCAAGAGAUGAGAAUCAAGCACAGGGUGAUAUUGUCAUUCAAGCAACCGAGGCAAAGUCAAUGACUUGUGAAGGAGUAGGGAGCCUCUCUGAGGUUCAGCUGCCGAAUACAGGUUUUGAUGAGAUGCCCAUUGAGAUAGAAAAAGACACAAGUCACACUGUUCCUGAGAGCGUAGCCCCCUUGUCAGAAAGCGGAAUUAAUUCGCGAGAGCCUGAACCUGCCUUGGUCACACAGGAAAUCAUUCCUCAAUUGGAUUCAGCAGUCGAAUCCCGUGUAACAAAAGAAAUAGGGAGUGAAUUAGUUGAUUCAACAGGGACGCCAACUCAGACUUUAACAGACACGGUGGACAGCACUAUGAACACAGACAAUACUCCAAAAACUAAGGCUGAAAGUGUCAGUCCAAAAACUGCAGCUGAAAUUGUAGCAACUGAAUCAACAGCAGAGGUGCUUACAAUCAAAGAGGAUGCUUCUCCUCCCUCUGUUAAAGUAAUAAAACAUGUACCACCAAAAUCUGAAAUUGAGGCCCCUAAACAUGACAAGAUGCAGAAUGAAAUGCAGUCAAAAUGCAUAGAACCUUCUGUGAUAUCAGUUGGUAAUCAACCUGACUCAGCUCUUGAGCAGAAAUGUCUGGCUGAUAUGUCAGAGCAGAAACUUGUAGAAAAAGAACUAGAAGCUAGUAGUGAGACAGAAACUAAGUCAUUUCCAAAGGACACAUUUGUAGAAAAAGCAUUUAACAGUGCCUCAGACAAAACUGCUAAUCAAGAAAUAUCUGUGCAAGGCAAUGAAGAAAAAUCAGCUGAGCGAGAGACAAUAAAGGACACUCCUGCAGUGAUGAGUGUCAAAGAACAAACGAUUGAAAAGGAGACAGGUGUUGUGACAAAGUGUGAUGGCGCAGGCUCUGAAGAGGGAACGCUUCAUGAAAAUAGAAUUUCCGAGGUGAAAUCAGACACAAUAAAUCCCAUUGAACAACAGGAAACUCAGGAGGUGAAAGAGCAGAAACCUGUUAGUGAGACAGAGCUAGUUUCCGAACAUUCUUCUAUUGAAAAAGAAAACAUUUGUGCAAUCGAUCAAAGAGAAUUGGAAAGUGCAGAAAAAACACUGCGUGACGGUCAUAGUGUAGUCAUGCUUGAAGAGGCAGACACAGGAACAAAUGAUAAGCCACCUCCUGUUCACCAGAGCCGUGUUCAAACAGCCUCCGUGCCAGAGAAGUCAACAGAGACAGGAAAAGCUGGAGUUGAGGCUGAGAGUGUCAUGCCGAAAAAGGAGCAGCAGCCACCUCCAGAUAUUCUGUCGAAACAACAUGAUUUUGACAAAAUGGUGGUUCCAGAUUCUGACGAGCGAGAGAAGGUCAAAACCAAAGAACCUUUCCAGAGUCGGACACAAGUCAGCGGUAAAACCCUUGAGGAGCUUGUCAUCCCCGAUGGCACAGAAUCUUGUCCUCAUUUGACGGGCAGUCAGGAGAAGCCACUCGACAAAUUGACUGGGGAAAUAGACUCCAUCAAUGAGAGCAAAAACGGGGUUGACUCAUUACCCGACUCGGGCAACAUCGAGGAAUCCAUAGUUGGUGCCAAACAUGGGACUGCUGAGUUGGAUGAAGGGAAUAAAAGCACAUCACAGAGGGACACACAAUUAGAUUUUGAAAAUGCCGACCUAUCUAUAUUAGUAGCUUCAGCACCCGUAGCAGAACCCCAAAUCCCGGGCUCUGUAGUUUGUGAGCAAAACACAGGCAUGAAUGAAGGCGCUAAUUUGAUGCAGAAAAAGAAGGCCCCACCCGAGCAUCAGGGCGAGCAGUGUGAUGAAGAUACAAUGCCUGAGGUGAAAAAGUUGAAGACUCUAAAAGAACCUGGCAACAGAGAAAGUCCCACCAAGGAGGGCAGUCCUACCAGCCCCUCUGACCUGGCCAAGCUAGAAAGCACAGUCCUGCCCAUUCUUCAGGCGCAAGCGAAAGGCGAUGAAGAGAAACAAAUGGACACACUAAAGACCAGACGUAAACUAGAGGUGCUUCCCCUUUCUCCCGACUCACCCUCCUCGGACGAUGACAGAGAUGUUAGCAAAAGUAACGUAAAGAAAAAGCUUCUGGUGCCGCUAGACGUCAGGAACGAUUCACUGGAUGAUAGCAGCGAAAGCUUCGGAAAAGAGAGCCCCGUUUCGGGAGAUGAUGAGGAAUUCAUCCGCAAACAGAUCAUAGAAAUGAGCGAAAAUGAAGACGCCUCGCCUUCCGAUGAGGGAAACCUAAUUCGGCAAAAGAUCAGACAAGAUGAGAGAAAAAGAAUGGAACAGAAGAAAACUGAGUCUGUAAACAGUAGCACAUCAGGAAAAGCCAAGUGGUUAUCCAAGAAGAACUCGAUAAGUCCCAAUGAUGAAGAAGAUAAAGAGCUGCAAAAUUCUCUAGAAAAAGCUCAAGUCAUCAAAGUGGAUCCACCAGAGCUCAAAGAAAAAGAGGAUCGUCAAAGCGGUACUGCAGUUCGCAAAUUUCAAACCAUGGAGCUGAAUACAACCAGCAGCUCCAUGUGUGUAACUCACAUCGAUAUAGAGCCUGAGAUGGAAUGUCUGACAGAUUCACCAGAUGAUCGUUCUAAAGGGGAGGGUUCAUCCAGUCUACAUGCAUCUAGCUUUACACCCGGAACAUCCCCGACAUCUCUGUCCUCCCUCGAUGAAGACAGUGACAGCAGUAGUCCCGGCCAUGUUCGCUCAAGUGAGAGCAAGCAGCACAGGAAAGCCAAACAUAGACAAGCUGGACAAAUGCUGCCGACUAUUGAAGACUCAUCUGAGGAAGAGUUGCGGGAAGAAGAGGAGCUACUCAGGGAGCAGGAAAAACAGCGAGGAGCUGGUAAAAAAUCUAAGCGAGACAAAGAAGAGGUUCGAGGCCAGCGGCGACGUGACCGUUCAAUGACGCCCCCAAGCAACCUUUCACCUAUCGAAGACGCCUCACCGACAGAAGAACUGAGGCAGGAGGCGGAAAUGGAAGAGAUCAGGCGAUCGUCGUGCUCUGAUUUCUCUCCAAGCAUCGAUUCAGACCCUGAAGGGUAUGAAAUCCACGCUGCAAAGAUUGCCGCAGUGCAGAAAACAUACCAAUUGCCCACAUCGGUAUCCCUACACUCUCCAACAGAAGAUAAAAACACUGAUAAAUCACAGAGAAAACCUCUCCGAUCUGCUGAUGAAGCUUAUGAGGAGAUAAUACUGAGGGCUAAGUCUCCUACAGGUGAAAGUGUUGACUUUCCAGGAAAGGCGGCACUUUAUGGAGGUAUGCUUAUUGACGAUUAUGCUUAUGCAUCUGUUAUGGAUAAUUCAACAGAGGAUGUGGGAGAGAUCGAAAAGAUCAGCAUUCCUAUGCUGCCCAAGAAGCUAAGGUCACCAGAUGAAGUUUAUGAGGACAUGAUCAAGAAAAGGAAGGAAUUUAUGAAGUUAGAACAGGAAUACCAAAACAUGCAACCAAAAAAUGAAAGUACAAACCCAGAAAUUGUGUUGGAGCCCGAUAAGAAUACCCUUUCCAAAGUCACCACAGUAACUUUGGGAAAAGAUGGAAAGCCAUUGUUGGAUGCUGAAAGUGCAUAUGACGAGCUCAUGAAAAAGGUCUCGGCUCCUGGAACAAGUCCUACUCUGCGAGACCUUGACGUGAAAACCACUUCAUCUGAAAGGGCUCUCUACCCAAUCCCAGACCUGAAAGUCACAGAGUGUUCCUCAGGAGAGUUGUCCUCUGAUGAAGAGAGUAUCAUUAAAAAGGAGGAAGAAAUGGACAAAUCAGAGACAACAUCAGCUGUGGAAACUACAUCUCCUCCGCCAUCCGCAUUAGACCAGCAACCGCGCACACCCAUCACAGCAUGCCAGUCUGACAUUGUAGACCUAUCAAGUGCAAUUUCAACGACAUGUGCUCCUGUAACUGCAAACUUUACUGUCUUGCCUACCGUCCCACAGUAUGCACAUGGCACUCCAAGCAUUGUUUCAACCGCUCCACCUAUCCCCCCUAAGCCAAAUGUUCUGCGUAGGGCUAACUCUCAGGAAAAAGCAGAUGCACCCGUCGAACCAACACUGCCUCCCCCUACCCCACAAAAACCGACAGUCUUUCCCAGGAAACCUCCAGUUCCACUCCCACCUCAGGCUUCAACCACGCUAGUCAGGCCAGAGACAGUAACCACAACUUCUCUUUCUAAACAAUCAAUAACUCCGACAUACAAACCUCAUGUUCCACCUCCCGUUCCCCCAAAGCCUGUCAUUCCUGCUGGCAUCGGCGAAGGCCACAGACAUGGUGUCAAACCACCCAUUGCGCCGAAACCUUGCUCACAGCCAUCCUCCCCUGGUCAUGCAUCGCAUCCACCAAGACCCACGGUACUUCCCACAGAGUCCACUGAAAUAGCUUUGAAUCUUAGCCCUUCAUCUGAGAGCAAGCACUUUCAAUCCUCGCCGAAGUCUCCUUCUUCUCCUAGAUAUGCAAGACACCUCCGUGAUACGUACGUAGUUAUCACACUCCCUUCGCAGCCGAGCUCGCCAGUGGACAGUAUUUCAACUCAAGCCCCCUCUGACACUGACCCAGCAUCUACUGCCCACCAAGCUCAGCCCCUAAGUUAUCACCAAACACAGGCUCAACCACAUUCAUAUCAGCAGUCAACACCACCUCAUACAACUAGAGUGCCUCUGGCUUACACCAGAGUGACAGAAUCCAUUGAGAAUCAAGAGAUAUGCGGCCCAGAAAAACAUGUGUCAAGUUCUUGUCACAUCAUCGAGGCAGUAUCAGCCUCGGCACAGCCUCCCGUGGUAAUGCCAAACCUAAUCUCUCAAGUAGUUACCACAGAGGUCCAAAGAACUACCGUCUCCGUUGUUCAUGAACGGUCGCCUCCGCCUGUGCCAGUUCCGAGGGCAACUGGGAUACCGAUCUCAUUGGAGAAACCAAAGACCCAAUUGCCUGUACAGAAUGGACAGGCGGUACUUCCUUGUGAGGUGGUGGAUCUGAGGACCAUGAAGGCCGACGCAGCGUCAGACAUGAAUGGAGUGGAUCUGUCUGCUGGCCCGGACUCCAGACAGCAGUCUUUUGCAGCUGAUGUCAGUCGCCAGAGCACUGCAGUACAGUCACCUGUCGUCAACCUCAGUUCUGAAUCCUCCACCGUUUCGAUCGUGACUGACAGUAUCACCAUUGUGACAUGUUCUGCUACAAUCCAGACGUGUGACAGUUUGGAAACCUCUCAAGCAUCCUCAAUCCCCCUCCAGCUAACGAAGAACAAAGCAUUUGAACCCGUCUCUCAAAUUGUGUACCGGUCAGUGGACCCUCAGCCUCCCACUCACUCAGGGGAAAUCCCUAUUAAUCUCACAGUUGGUUCAAGCACAGGGGGUGGAACAUUCCAAACACCCCCUGUAACAAUGGCACCCUGUACUGUCGCUGGUUGUGUUGCUAACGGAUUAACGACAAGCACCACGUCUGUGGCAGGAGCUGUUGACCUGAGCACGACAAAACCAUUCAAUACUCUGGUAUCCGUGGACGCCAUUUCGACAGAGGUUGUCACAGCUGUAAUCACGGAGGAUGAUAGCAAGCCAGUGGAUCUGACUGCAGGGAAAAGAGCCGUGUGCUGUGAUGUUGUCUACAAGCUCCCGUUUGCAGGAAGCUGCACCUCGCAGCAGCCCACCACCCCUCUGCCUGAAGACCGUUUUGGAUACCGUGAUGACCAUUACCAGUACGACCGCUCGUCCUACGGCAUGAGGGGGUUUGGCGGAAUCAAACCAUCUAUGUCGGACACCAACCUGGCAGAAGCCGGCCUGUUUUUUUACAAGAGUAAGAACAGCUACAAUUUCAGUGGCACGACAGAUGGUGCUGUAGAUCUUUCUUCUGCAAAGAUAACUGAUGCAGGUGAAGCAGUUGACUACUCCAAGAAAGGGGCAUACGUGGGAAUGACAAUCCCUCCUUAUUCCCAAACCAGAGUCACAAGUGGUGUUGGCACGCUUUUUGGUACAAAUAGUGUACUGAGGUCAUCCAAUGGGGUAGUUUAUUCCUCCGUUGCUGCACCAAUUCCAUCUACGUAUGCAAUAACAACCCAACCAGGAUCCAUCUUUUGUACAUCCUACAACACUCAGUCGAGUAUGCAUACCAGUGACACCAUGCCAUCGCUGUCGGACAUUCAGAAUUUGCCACUGACGCGAUCCCACAGCUUCCUGUCUACUGUCUCGAUUACGACCGCAGAUGAGCAAGGCGACGUACCGCUCAACCUCGAGAUAACCAAAGAGGACGUUUCUGGUAAUGCUGUCACCACAGCGACCACUUCUUUAUCCCUCGACUACACGGAUGAAUCCCUUGAGGCAAUAGCCGCCUCCCUGGAGGCUCUUUCCUCACCUAUGCUCCCUGGAGAUGGCCAGUAUCACGCAGAGCGAGAGAGGCUCGAAAUGGAAAAACUCAAGCAGCAGCACCUCGCCGAGGAGCUGGAAUGGGAGCGUCAGGAGAUUCAACGUUUUCGCGAGCAAGAGCAGAUGCUGGUACAGAAGGAACUGGAGGAGCUUCAGGUCAUGAAGCAGCAAAUCUUGACCCAGCAGGAAGAGGAAAGGCAAGCGCACCUCAUGAUGCAAAAGGAAACCUACGCUCAGCAACAGCAGCAGCUUGAGCAAAUUCAAAGACUCCAAGAGCAACUCCGCAUGCAACUGGAAGAGCAAAAGCUUCGUCAGCUGUAUCCAGGUGGGGAGAUGCUCGGGAAUGGCAUCCAAGAGGCUAUUGUCUUGGGUCCCGAUGGCACCGUGCUGUCACGAAAGAUCACAGACAGUGGUUGCCAAACUGACGAAGAGGACGAGACGGUGAACAAAGCUUACACAGCGGGGAGGAAAAAGAAAAGUGUCAAAAAGAGCGUUGACAGUUGUGUGCAGACGGAUGAUGAAGAUCAAGAGGAGUGGGAGGCUCAGAAAAGCCGACAGAAUCGGCCACGCACCUCAAGAGGGGACAGAGGAGGGCAGGCGGACAUGUCUCUACAAGCGCACACUGAGAUUUCUAUACAAACGGAUGCAGAUGGAAACAUCAGGAUGGAUACGAGAACGGAGCUGUCCGACUCGGAAAGAACCUCGCCAAAGAAACGACCCACGCCCUUGGAGAUCGGUCUGUCUCGCGACCUCAAAGCUGAGUCCUCCACGCUUCAAGCUCCCCCUAAAUCUCCCAACGUGCUCUAUUCUCCCUUAUCGCCCUGUGUUUCCCCGAGCAAAUCACUUGAAUUUGUAUCUUAUGAUAAAUCACUGGGUGAUAAAAGCCCUCAAAAGCUCCGGGGAAGCCCAGAUCCAGGAAGUCCAAGGGGACCAAAGCCCAUGCAGAGAUCCAUGUCUGACCCUAAAUCCAUGAGUCCAACUGGGGAAGAAAGGACAACAUCUGGCACCCAGUAUGGUGAUACUGGGAAGGGCUCCAGUGGAACACCAACUGGCACUCCAAAGAAGGUCAAGAGGACUUUGCCCAAUCCCCCGUCAGAAGACGAGUCAUCAACCAGUGGCCAGACCACGUACAGCACCGGUUCUGCUCGUCGGCGAAUGUGCCGCAAUUCAAACAUGGCCCGCGCCAAGAUCCUGCAAGACAUCGAUCGUGAGCUCGAUUUAGUGGAACGUGAGUCAUCCAAACUGCGCAAAAGGCAGGCAGAGCUUGACGAGGAGGAGAAGGAGAUUGAUGCCAAGCUGAGGUACUUGGAGAUGGGUAUUAAUCGGAGGAAAGACGCCCUGCUAAAGGAGCGGGAGAAGAGAGAGCUGGCUUAUUUACAGGGGGUGGCUGAAGAUAGAGAAUAUAUGUCGGACAGCGAGGUCAGCAACAUCCGAGAGACCAGAGAUGACCAUGGUGACGGUGAGGAUGAGGAAAUAGAAAGCCAUGGUCUGGAACGUCCCAGGACGGCUCCUCAAUCAGAAUUGGAUGACUUUGUCCCACCUCAAACGAAACAUGAAUACGGAAAAUACUCCCAGUACCAAUACCCUCAAAGCCAAUACCAGCAGUCUCUCUAUCAGACGCCCCAGUCCUACCAGUCUCAUUCCAUGUACUCCUCUGUCCCCUCGCUCACCAGCUCCCAACAGCAAAGUUACCAGCAGAUGCUCCUGUUGCAGCAGAAGGCUGCCAGACAAGCCGCUCUCCUCUCCGAACUGGAUGCCACCAAAUACGAUGUCAUUAGCCGCCAGCCCGAUCCCACAUCGUCGCCCUACCUCGGCGUGAAAUAUGACAAAUAUGGCAACCACCUCGACCUCAGAGCCUUGGAGGUGGGAAGUAUAGCAGCUGAUUCAUACUACUCGGAAAUUGAUCACCACACGCCUCGGAGUUACCUGCUCCUGGAAGAUGCGGCCGAGCUAGCUAAGAGCUCCUCGGGUCUGUCGUCAUCAUACAGUCUUGCUGAGAGAGAGCUAGCCAAAGCAGAGAAGCUGCUCCACCGCAGUGCUGCAGAUCUAGGAUCCACUGACUAUCUUGGCUCCACCUCCAGGCUGCAUACGUAUGGAAAAACUCCCGACGAAGAAGAUCCAAUGGAGGAACCCUACGAACUCAAGCUGUUGAAGCAGCAGCUCAAGCAGGAGUUCAGGAGAAGCACGGGUGGGACAGAAAGCUUGGACCCUCUGACAGCUCUGUCCCAGCACUACUAUACCCCAAGUUCCAGCAUCUCCAGCUACUCCCAAAGGCACUAUCCAAAGUCAGACAAGUACAGCAUCAGUCGGCUGACUCUCGAGAAGCAGGCAGCGAAACAACUACCAGCAUCAAUGUUGUACCAAAAACACAAGACUCCACUAAUGGAGCCUAAGAUCUCCUCCAAGUAUUCCUCAAUUACUGAAAGCAGAGGUUUGGACAUGGACUAUACAAGCUAUUUGGGGUCUACCAGUGGCUCCCCAAGAUCCAGCCGACUCAUGCAGGACGAGAUUACCUUUGGCCUUCGGAAGAAUAUUGCAGAGCAGCAAAAAUACUUGGGGUCCACCUUAGGGGCGAACCUGGCUGGUUCGCUAAAUCUGGGCCAGAGCUUGGGCUUGGACUCUGCUUACCCGAGCGGCAGCCGCUCAAGACCAUCAUCCAGGCCUACAUCUUGCUAUGGCCUAGACCUGUCCAUUAAAAGAGACCCUUCCAGCUCAUCGCUGAGGCUUAAAGGGGACGGUGAAGCCUCCACAGACGUGCCCAGCUUCCAAACUCCCUCUGGUCGGACCAAACCCACCAGCCUCCCCAUUGUGCAAAGCGGGCGUGGGAGAAUCCCCAUCGUAGCCCAGAACUCUGAGGAAGAGAGCCCACUGAGCCCUGUCGGGCAGCCGAUGGGCAUGGCCCGCGCCUCCGCAGGGCCUCUGCCGCCCAUCUCGGCCGACUCCAGGGACCAGUUUGGUUCCUGUCUGUCCUUGCAGGACUCUCAGCAGCAGCACAUCAGAGAGGAACCGAGCAGGGGUAGGGCUUAUGUGCUGAUGGAUGACCUUCAGGGCACCAUGUCAGAUAGCGAAGCCCUAAGUGAUUCCCUGAUGCCUUUGAACAGAGACCAUGCAGCCAAGGCCUACCAGCUGAGACGAGAGGAGACCGACUGGUUCGACAAACCCAGAGACGGACGCUCGGAGAAUGGACACGACAAGAGACAGGGUAAAGGUCCAUACUACCCCUUCCCUCACCUCAGGGUCAAGCUGCAGAGAGAUCCCAAAGACCGCAGUGUCUCAGGGAACGGUCUGGGCAUCCGUGUCGUCGGCGGGAAGGAGGUGCCAGGCGGUAACGGAGAGAUCGGAGCCUACGUUGCCAAAGUUCUACCCGGUGGAGCCGCGGAACAAACGGGGAAGAUUCUGGAAGGAAUGCAAGUCCUGGAGUGGAAUGCCGUUCUCCUGAUGGGAAAAACAUACGAAGAGGUGCAAGGGCUCGUUGGCCACUCGUGUAGCGAGGCCGACUUGUGUGUCAGACUAGAUCUCAACAUGCUGGCAGAAUCCGAAGGUUCUGAGCACCUGUCCUUCCAGCAGCCAAGUAAAAGUGACAGGCCGCCCAGGUCUCCGGGCGUGGACCCCAAGCAGCUGGCGGCGGAGCUGCAGAAGGUGUCCCAGCAGCAGGUCCCGUCCUCCACCGCCUCCUCCGCCAGCCUCACGGCGACCACCUCGGCCACCUCCAGCCCCGCCCAGCCGGGCUCGCCGUCUGUCAGCAAGAAGCGGCACAGUAGCAAGGCUGCAGAUGGAAGCAAAACCCCGUCACACCCCAUCACCGGUGACAUACAGCUUCAAAUCCACUAUGACAAGCAGCUGGGCAACCUGAUCGUGCACGUGCUGCAGGCGCGGAACCUGGCGCCGCGCGACAACAACGGCUACUCGGACCCCUUUGUUAAGGUGUACCUCCUGCCGGGACGAGGUCAGGUCAUGGUUGUCCAGAACGCCAGUGCUGAAAACAAGAGGAGGUCCAAGCAUGCGGGCAAGAGCCUGAACCCCGAGUGGAACCAGACGGUCAUCUAUAAGAAUAUCCACCUGGAGCAGUUGCGGAAAAAGAUGCUGGAGGUGAGCGUGUGGGAUUAUGAGAAGUGUUCCUCCAAUGAUUUUCUCGGAGAGGUCCUCAUCGACCUGUCCAACACGGCCCAGCUGGACAACGUCCCGCGGUGGCUCGCCCUCAAGUCGCAGACGGAGGGGGAGCACCACCGCCGCUCCCACCAGGGCCGACACGGCUCCUCCAAGGUCUCCUCGCAGCACUCGUCGCCUAAAGCCGCAGGCCCCGCCCAGGAGCAGGACUCCCCCAAAUCGUCGGUGAUCAAAAGCCGAAGUCACGGCAUCUUCCCGGAUCCGGCAAAGGACACGCAGGUGCCCCCACUCGAGAAAUGUCACAGUAGCCCCGGCAGGUCGAAGCCGUCCCCGUCCGAGGGCCAGAGCCAAAGCCCCAGCCGCGGACACGUGCCGCACGCUCGUCCGCGCUCCUCCAAAAGCGCCGCAUGGCAACAACGCCAUCAGGACGGUGGCGUCGGGAGCGACCGGGGCGUUGCCGUGGCAACGGCAGCAACAACGGGCGACACGGGCCCGACGCAGCAGCAGCAACCGCCGCCGCAACGCCUCCAGCCAAGCCCACCAGGCCGCCAGAGACACAGCGUAGUCGGUGUGCUCACCAUUCAGAGAGGCCAAUCCGAUUGGCUGCCGUCGCCGGCCGACGGGAGCAGAGCGGACGGCCGUCACCUGACCCUCAGGAAGGCCGUGUCGGAGGAGAGGCCGCACGUCGCCCGAGCGCGCGCCAGCUACAGGUCGGGCGAAGCCCCCAUGACGGCGGCUUCGCUGGACAGCGGCCUGAGCGGCAGCGCCUACAGCCUGCUGGACGAGGACGGAGAGAUGAACGAGGUGGACAGCGCCAUCUUCCAGGUGCCCCGAUUUGGGAAGAUUACAAAUGGAACAGAUGGGAUGAAAUCAUCUUUGGGUGAUUCUGACGGUAAGUCGCAGGUGAUGGGCGAGAUAAAGAUUGCGCUGAAGAAGGAAGUGAGGACGGAGGGAGACCACCUGGUCCUGGAGAUUUUGCAGUGUCGCAACAUCACCUACAAGUUCAAGACUGCAGACCACUUGCCCGACCUCUACGUAAAGCUGUACGUGGUGAACAUCGCCACGCAGAAGCGCAUCAUCAAGAAGAAGACGCGCGUGUGCCGCCACGACCGCGAGCCGUCCUUCAACGAGACCUUCCGCUUCUGCAUGAAUCCGGCGGGGCACUCCUUGCAGCUUUUCCUGGUGUCCAACGGCGGCAAGUUCAUGAAGAAGACGCUGAUCGGCGAGGCCUACGUGUGGCUGGACAAGGUGGACCUGCGCAAGCGUGUGGUCAGCUGGCACAAACUGCUGGCCAGCACCACGCACAUCCACUCCUAGGUGGCGCGUACCAUUUGGAGACACAGGGAUGGGGGCGGUGGGUGGGGGUGGGGGAGAUUAGAUUCAUUGAACUUGCAGACGUAGCUGCGAACCCGAACAGGAAGUGGACCACGCAAGCAAGCAGGUAUAAAACACUCGUCAUCAUCCACGUACUAAAUACAGGGACACACAUGUACAGUAAAUGCGCCUUCACCCCCUUUGAAAGCAUUUGAUCAGUGACUCAAUGAGGACUCUUAUUUAUUUUUCUAUUAGAAGCAUCGAUCUCUGUUGGUUCUUCAUGUGUGCAAGAAGGGAAUUCAUUUAUCGAAUACGCACUACCUAGCAUUCCACUUCGGGACCUCGUUUUAUGUGAGCAAACAGAGUUCUAUUAUGAUUUAUUUCAGAAUAUUGAUUUAUAUCUCAUUGGAGAAUUGUGCGAUCCGGUGGCACAUACACCUUGUACAGAGCAAAAUGGCUUAGCUGGGAUGAUGAAAUAUAUAGAUACAUAUUUAUAUGAAUAUAGAUAUAAUGAUCUUUAUCACAGACAAUCAACUCUUGAUGAUUGUGACGUUCAAGUCCUCCCCAAACAGUUUCUCAAUUGACAGUCGUGUGUCUUUUUUUGUGCACUUUUCCCCCCUCGAAUGUAAAAGCGACUUAGCAGUAAAAAAAAAAAAAAAAAAAAGAAAAAGGUGAGAUUUAAUUAUAUUAUCCAUGUUCUAACAUAUUGCGCAUCGUGUUCCAGAAAUAUUAUCUUUUGAUUUCUAUGCAACCUCGACAAGUAACUGCGACAAGAGAAGGAUUGAAAUAUGAAAAAUUGACACAUUUUUAAUAUACUUUGUAUUUAUUUUUUUAUUGUUAUUUAUUUAUAACCAUUUAAUGGCAUUUCAUCUUUUUUUAUUUCAUUGUAUUUUAGCAUUUUAAAAGUUCUACAUAUUAUAUUUAAUAUAAUUUUUACUUGUAUGUAUUCAGGUUUUCAUAUAUUUGAUUUGCGUAUUUAUUUAUUUAUUGAAAUUUGAUGGUAUUAUAUAAUGCCAGCGAGACCAUUUAUUUCCAAGCAAAAACAGAUCUAAUCUAAUAGCAAGUUUUAUUUAUCUAUUUAUUUUGUAUGUAUUUAUUGCAUACAAUUGUGUUAUUGAUUCCCAGUGAGAGCAAGUAUUUACCACUUCUCAAUUUUCCACCAACAGUGGACUCAAACGACACAGAAUUUUAAUAAAUACAUUUUUACAUUUUUACUUGAUUUUUAUGGAUUUAAGUUUCCUUUUUAAUGGUAUAUAUAUUCCCCCCCCGGUAAGACCGUUUAUUAUGUUUACAGUGCAUAUUGAGUGUGUUUUCUGUAUACACAUAUACGUAGUGCUUGUUUACAAAGUUAAGUUCCAAAGGUCUGAAACUCAGAGAAUUUUUCCCGUUUACAGAGAAUUCCUCGCUUAAUUUCCAGCAAUGACCAAAAAGACACUUCCCGAUUUUAAGGUCAUCGUGAGUGUGCGUCUUUAUUGAUUCAUUUUUUUUUUUAUCGGUUCAGUGCAUGUCGUUGGUCUGUCUUUAGGAAUGAUCUAUCAACAGACACACUCGCACGCACCUUUUAAGCCUGUAAAUACAUCGCCUUUUUUUAAAUACACCGGGCUUUGGGAGCAGCAGGUCUAUUAAUGGACGAGAAAAAAUUAAUAUCAAAGACCAAUGUGUGCGGUCAUUGAUUUUUCUUUAGAUCGAUGUACAGUACAACGUUUACUAACCACACACAAGCGCGCGCACACACUUGGACAGCUGGAGUAGUCGCAGGAGAAUCGUCAAUGUGCUCACACUGGAUGUUGCAUGUUUCCUUGGUGGCUCAUACUAUUUUUGUGUCCAUAUUAUGAUUAGUAAUGAUAAUAAUUUAAAAAAAAAAGAGAAUGACGUGUAGAGAAGGAUCUCGAACAAAAUGUUAUUGGUGAGGCUAGGGUCGGGGGGCUAUUGAUGAUAUAUGCUCACUGUACAAAGAUAAUGAUCGUCCGGUUCUCCCUCCCCGCCCACCCAUUUGUAAGUAUACGGAAAAAAAACUAUCUAUACUGUCAUGGUUUUGUGAUUGUAUACAGGAGGUAUUGAUAAAUUAUGCAAAUUGUGCUGUAAAAAAAAAUGGCUGUUGCCCGCCACAUCUAAAUAUUAAAUAUGAGUACAAAUGA